AGUACACAAACGUAUGCAUUCAGACUCGUGGGCGUGAUCUAGGUACAAACACGUUCUGUAAACGCACUAAGGGUUUAGGAAUAAAAGGGUUUUGUUCCGCUUGGUCGGAGUCUUCAUUGUAAAGAGAAGCUAUCGGUGCUAACGGCUAGCCGCUGACAAGUUGUGCUUUUGUAAGGUGCCCUGCCGCGGUUCAGUCGCCGCCCACCAUGUAUCGCCCCAAGCCCACCCUGAAGGACCGGCAGCACCUCUACAAGCUCAUCAUCAGCCAGCUGCUCUACGACGGCUACACCAGCAUCGCCAACACCCUCAUCAACGAGGUCAAGCCCCCCAACGUGGUGUCUCCUUCAGAACAGCUGAUGCAGCUUGCCAAGAUCGGCAUGGAGAGUGACGACAGUGCGGUCCAGUACGCCAUCGGGCGGUCGGACACGGUCGCCCCCGGAGUGGGCAUCGACCUGGAGUUUGACGCCGACGUGCAGUCGAUGUCUCCGGAGGCGUCGGAGUACGAGACGUGCUACGUGACGUCGCACAAGGGCCCGUGCCGCGUCGCCACCUACAGCCGCGACGGGCAGCUCAUCGCCACAGGCUCCGCCGACGCCUCCAUCAAGAUCCUGGACACGGAGCGCAUGUUGGCCAAGAGCGCCAUGCCCAUCGAGGUGAUGAUGAACGAGACGGCUCAGCAGAACAUGGAGAACCACCCGGUGAUCCGGACGCUGUACGACCACGUGGACGAGGUCACCUGCCUGGCUUUCCACCCCACCGAGCAGAUCCUGGCCUCCGGCUCGCGGGACUACACCCUCAAACUGUUUGACUACUCCAAGCCCUCCGCCAAGAGGGCCUUUAAACACAUCCAGGAGGCCGAGAUGCUGCGCUCCAUCUCCUUCCACCCGUCGGGGGACUUCCUGUUGGUGGGCACCCAGCACCCCACCCUGCGGCUCUACGACGUCAACACCUUCCAGUGCUUCGUGUCCUGCAACCCGCUGGACCAGCACACGGACACCAUCAGCGGGGUGGUGUACAACCACAGCGCCAACAACUACGUCAGCUGCAGCAAGGACGGCAGCAUCAAGCUGUGGGACGGGGUGUCCAACCGCUGCGUCACCACCUUCGACAAGGCUCACGACGGCGCCGAGGUCUGCUCCGCCUUCUUCUCCAAGAACGCCAAGUACAUCCUGUCCAGCGGCAAGGACUCGGUGGUGAAGCUGUGGGAGAUCUCCACGGGCCGCACGCUCGUCAAGUACACAGGAGCGGGUCUGAGCGGGCGUCAGAUGCAUCGUACGCAGGGCGUGUUCAACCACACAGAGGACUACGUGCUGCUGCCUGACGAGCGCACCAUCUCCCUGUGCUGCUGGGACUCGCGCUCGGCCGAGAGGAAGAACCUUCUGUCGCUGGGCCACAACAACAUCGUCCGCUGCAUCGUGCACUCGCCCACCAACCCCGGCUUCAUGACCUGCUCCGACGACUUCCGCGCCCGCUUCUGGUACCGCCGAACCACCACCGACUGA